AUGUAUAUCAAGCGGAUUACCAUCCAGGGGUUCAAGACAUACAAGAACACCACAGUCAUUGACUUGGUGUCGCAACACCAUAAUGUCGUAGUCGGAAGAAACGGAUCUGGAAAGUCCAACUUUUUUGCUGCCAUUCGAUUUGUCUUGUCUGAUGCAUACACACAUAUGACAAGAGAAGAGAGACAAGGGUUGAUCCAUGAAGGGUCAGGAACUGUCAUGUCUGCUUAUGUGGAAAUUGUUUUCGACAACAGCGACGGUAGAUUUCCGUUGAGUAAGGAAGAGAUAUCCAUCAGAAGAACGAUUGGGUUGAAGAAAGAUGAUUACUCACUCGAUGGCAGGUCGGCCACGCGUUCUGAUAUUAUGAACUUAUUGGAGAGUGCUGGGUUCUCCAGAUCCAAUCCUUACUAUAUUGUUCCCCAAGGUCGAAUCACUAGUUUGACCAAUUCGAAAGAUGCAGAAAGACUCACUUUGUUGAAAGAGGUCAGUGGUGCUACCGUUUUCGAGAAUAAAUUGAAGGAAUCCGUAAAGGAGAUGAAUAAUUCAAACUACAAAAAACAAAGAAUCGAUGAAACUUUGGCAUCUAUUGAUGAAAGGUUGUCAGAUCUCCAAAUCGAAUCCGCUGAUCUAAAAGAAUUCCAAGCAUUGGAAAAGAAAAAGAAGGUACUUGAAUACAAUCUAUUUGACAGAGAGUUUAACGAUUUACAAGAGCUGAAGGAAGACAUAGAAGAGAAGUACGCCCAGUUAAUGCAAGAAUCACAGGAUGAUUUGUCUGAAUUGAAUAAAAGAGAAAAAUUGUGUCAACAACUAUUAGAUACAAUUAACAGUUUGAAAGUUUCCCUUAAAGUUUCUAAGUUGGAGAAAGAGCAAACUGAUUUGGAUUAUAACCAAAUAUUGAAACGUAUAACUGAUAAAGAGAUAGUAUUACACGAGCUAAAGUCCAAUUUGCAUUCAUCUCAAGAAAAGUAUGGCCAACUUCAAACACUGAUAGAUCAGUAUAAAUCGUUGAUUCAGAAGCACGAAUCAUAUAUCUCCAAAUUCAAACCGGAUUUUAACUCUUUACAUGAAAAAGAAGCACAGCUUAAGGCAAAUCUUACAAUUUUGGUGGCCAAACAAAGAGCUUUAUAUUCAAAGCAAAAUCGUUUCCAGAAAUUCUCUAGCAAAAAUCAGCGAGACUCUUGGCUUAAUAAGGAGAUCGCUGAUGUGAAGAAGAAAAUUCAAUCUAAAGACUACGAGAUAACUCAGAUCAACCUGGAUAUUCGUGGUCAUGAAACAACUCUUUCUGAUAUCAACGAGCAAAUUUCGGAGUUAGAUUCCGAGAUUAAUAACGAAUCACAUCGAUUAUCUAUCGCUAAAUUAAAAACUUCAAUUGGUAAUAUGAAAUCAAAACUAAACGAUAUUAAUGACCAAAGAAAAAGUCUAUGGCGUGACGAGAUAAGACUUAAAGGGGUGUAUGAUUCCAUUAAUAAUGAUCUCACUAAUGCUACUAAUUUGGUUAACCAAACCAUGGAUCGGUCUCAGGCUCAGGGUCUUACUGCUGUUAAAGCUAUUGCUGCAAAAUUAAACUUGACUGAAAAUGUUUACGGGCCGUUGGCUGAUCUUUUCGUCGUCAAUGAAAAAUACAAGACUGCAACUGAAGUCAUUGCAGGGAACUCUUUAUUCCACAUUGUUGUUGAUUCCGAUAGCACAGCUUCGUUGAUAAUGGAUGAAUUGGUAAGAACCAAGUCUGGUAGGGCCACAUUUAUGCCUCUAAACAGAUUGGAGAUUCAGCAGGUUGAAUAUCCAGAUAGCAAUGAACAUCAAUGUAUACCAUUGGUCAAAAAGCUUAAGUUUGAUGAUGCCAAGGUUGGAAAAGCGAUCAGGCAAGUUUUCGGUAAGACUAUUGUUUGUCAUGAUUUACAGAGUGGUUCCGAACUUGCAAGAGCUUACAAACUUUCAGCGAUUACAUUGGAUGGUGACAGAGCAGAUACGAGGGGUGUGAUGACUGGUGGUUUCCGAGAUUACAAGAAGUCUAGAAUAGAUGCACUCAAAAAUCAAACAAAGAAGAAGAAAGAUUUGCAGAAGGUUGAAACGGAUCUUAAAAAGUGCACAGAUGAAAUCACCACUGUAAAUCAAAAGAUCACAGCCUUGAAUAGUGAAUUGCAGUUGAGCGUUCGUGAUUUGGAUAAGCUCGAAUCUUCUCAAGAGCCAAACAAGAUAAAGUUGUCUCAGUUGACCAACAAGAAGUUCAAUCUUGAACAAGAAUUGAGCACAUUACAGUAUAAUGUCGAGAUUGUUAGGACUGCCAAGACCAGCUUGAAUUCUAACUUAAAACAACACGAAAGUGAAUUGAAUUCGAGUUUCACACAAUCAUUAACAGAUGAAGAGCUUCAAAACUUACGGGACUUAAAUGAGGAAGUGGGUAAGCUUGAAGCUAACUUGGACGAGACUGUUACGCAAAUGUCUGAAAUUGAAGCUAAAUUGGUGUCUUAUGAAUCAGAAUUGAAUAGCAAUUACAAACCACAUUUGCAAAAGUUGGUCAACGAACAAAAUUAUUUAAGAUCUGGCACGGCUCAGUCGCUUGAUAUCAAGGAUUUGGAGGCAGAGUUAGCAUCCUUGCACAUUAAUUUGGAUACAGCGGAGUCAAGGAAUCAGAAAGCGAGUUACGAGUUCAGUAGAAUUGAAGACGAAAUCAAUAAGAGUGAAAGUGCAUUGCAGAAGGCAAAUGAUCAACAAAUCACGAUUCUUAAGAAGUUGGAAAAGUUUUCAAAAGUAUCCGAGAAGACAUUGAACAAGAAAUCCAUAUUAUCGAAUAGAAGUGAUGAGCUUCAGAAGAAGAUACGAGAUUUAGGGGCGUUGCCUGAAGAGGCGUUCCAGCAAUCAAACUAUAAUCAAUAUGACUCAGAUCAAUUGUUGAAACAAUUGAAUAAGGUCAACGAUAAGCUCGCCAAGUACUCCCACAUCAACAAGAAAGCGAUGGAGCAGUUCAGCACGUUUACCAAGCAAAGGGACGAAUUGGUUGGGAGAAGAGAAGAGUUGGAGAAGUCGCACGAGUCGAUUGAAACGUUGAUCAAGAAGUUAAAGUUGCAAAAAAAUGAGGCUAUACGCAAGAGUUUCAAGCAGGUCGCUAAAAGUUUCCAUGACAUCUUUGAGAAUCUCGUGCCCCUCGGAGUGGGUAACUUGAUUAUGCACAAAAAGAUUGAGGACAAGGAGAAGGAAGCGCUGAUGGAGGAGGACGAUGACAUGGCUGUUAGCGACAGCGACAGCGACGCCAAUGAUGACGACAUCGAGAACUACGUGGGAGUGUCCAUUUCUGUGUCGUUCAACUCCAAGCAUGACGAACAACAGCGGAUCGAGCAGCUCUCGGGGGGCCAGAAGUCGUUGUGUGCCAUUGCGCUCAUCUUGGCCAUCCAGAAGUGUGAUCCGGCUCCGUUCUACCUCUUUGACGAAAUAGAUGCAAAUUUGGACACCCAGUACCGGACUGCGGUGGCCGCCAUGAUCAACUCGCUCUCCACCAAGGCGCAAUUCAUCUGCACCACCUUCAGGCCCGAGAUGUUACGGGUGGCAGAUAAGUUCUACGGAGUGAUGUUCAACAACAAAGUCAGUACCGUCACCGAAAUCAACCGCGAGGAGGCUAUGACUUUUGUGGAAGGGCAGGUGCACCACUAG